ACAAAACCCUUCGAUUCCCACUGACAUGUGUGUUUACUGUGGGGGUGCUUGGACUGGCUUACUUCUGGGAUUCCAUUGCUUGCGAUAAGUUUUAUUAUCAAACGCCAAACAUAUUAACGUAGACAUUAAGAAUGUCGGAAUAUGACAACGUACGAGUUGGAAAAUUGGUCCUGAAAGGAGAAUCGAAAAAGCGGAAAAAGCAUAAACACAAAAGUAAGGAAGGAAAAGAUGAUUCGAAGAAGCAAAAAAUUGUCGUGGAUGAGGAUGCUUUGAAGCACGGACACUGGCGCAAAGUGGACAAGCAAACAGAUGUCACAGGCACAGUAGCGGUUGAGUUUGGUUCGCAAACUUAUCUAAAGGCCUUGGACAAUGGCCUAUUCACGCUAGGAGCCCCACAUCGACAGGGAGAACCGCCGGCUCCUGAGGAAAUUUUCACAGCCUUCCAAAUAAAUGGAAAUAAAUUAGCAUUCAAGUCCGGCUACGGGAAGUAUUUGAAGAUUGAGAAGGAUGGAACCGUAACGGGUCGAUCAGAUGCUGUUGGAAGCAUGGAGCAGUGGGAAGCUAUUUUUCAGGAUGGGAAAACGGCGCUUUUAAGUGAGCUUGGAACAUUCAUGUCAAUAGAUCCAGAAGAUGACUCUUGCGUAGCGUUACGAAAACAAGCAGGAGAAAAGGAGAUGAUUGCGAUCCGAACUUCCGCGCAAGGUGAAACAAAUGAGCACGAAGAUGACAACACCGAAGAAAAGCAGGAUUUGAAUCAAUUGGAAGUAAAUUAUGUGAAAAAAUUCCAAAAGUUCCAGGAUAAAAAAAUGCGAAUUAAUAAAGAAGACGUGAAGAAUCUCGAAGUCGCCAGGUCUUCAGGAAAUCUGCAUGAAGCGUUACUCGACAGGCGGAGUAAGAUGAAAGCUGAUCGAUAUUGUAAAUAAUUCCCGUCAUUUUGCAUGGAAUAAAGGAUUUUACCGAAAGAUA